ACCGUUCUGCCCUCGUCUCGCCCAUGGAGCCGCCCGCCUCCUCGCCGGCACCGCCAAACCCUAACCCAGUCCCCGACGAUCGGCCGCUGCAGCAGCAGGUGGAAGAGGCGCGGGCGCCGGAGCCGGAGCCGGAGCGGGAGACGUCGCCGACGUCCCUGACCACCUCAAUCGAUCCCACCCCUUCCGGCGGCGAGGAGAGCGAGAGCGAUGACUCCUCGUCAGUCUCGUCGGCGCCCUCCUCCGCCUCCGCUCCCGCGGCCGCUGCGCCCUUCCCCACGGCCAAGGACCUCCUCCACAUCUCCUUCAACCAGGACUACGGCUGCUUCGCGGCGGGCACCAAGUCGGGCUUCCGCAUCUACAACUGCGACCCCUUCCGCGAGAUCUUCCGCCGGGACCUCGCCGCCGAUGGCGGCGGCGCCGGGGGAGGGGGUAUCGGCGUCGUCGAGAUGUUGUUCCGCUGCAACAUACUCGCGCUCGUCGGCGGCGGCGAUAACCCCCACUACCCGCCCAACAAGGUGAUGAUCUGGGACGACCACCAGAGCCGGUGCAUUGGGGAGCUCUCCUUCCGCUCCCCCGUCCGAGGCGUCCGCCUCCGGCGCGACCGCAUCAUCGUGGUGCUCGAGAACAAAAUCUUCGUCUACAACUUUGCGGACCUUAAGCUCGUGCACCAGAUCGAGACGGCGCCCAACCCCAAGGGCCUCUGCGCUGUGUCGCAGCAGCCCGGGUCAAUCGUGCUUGUUUGCCCCGGUGCCCAGAAGGGGCAGGUUAGGGUGGAACACUAUGGGGCAAGGAAGACCAAGUUUAUCAAUGCACACACUUCCCGCGUCUCGUGCUUCGCGCUGUCGCAGGACGGGAGGCUCAUUGCAACUGCUAGCACCAAGGGAACACUUGUUAGAAUCUACAAUGCAGCUGAAGGCAAUCUCUUGCAGGAAGUAAGGAGAGGUGCUGAUAGAGCAGAAAUAUAUAGCUUGGCUUUCUCGAAUAAUUUGCAGUAUUUGGCUGUGUCCAGUGAUAAAGGAACAAUACAUGUCUUCAAUCUAAAGAUAAAUGUGGGAUCGACUGCAAAUGAUAAACCUAUACCUGCUCCAGAUCCUGAAGUUUCGCAUAUAAGCCCCCCUCUUUCGUUCAUUAAGGGUGUGUUGCCGAAAUAUUUCCACUCUGAGUGGUCAGUAGCUCAGUUCAGGCUCCAUGAGGGGGAGCAGUACAUUGUUGCAUUUGGACAUGAGAAGAAUACCGUGUCAGUUGUUGGUAUGGAUGGAAGCUUCUACAGAUGUCAAUUUGACCCAGUUAAUGGAGGAGAAAUGCUGCAGCUGGAGUGCUACAGUUUUCUAAAACCGUCAGAUCAACCGUAGCGACACACAAUUAUCAUCUAUCAAUUGAUGCCCUCCUCCCCGUACCAAGAACUGUACAGUAUCUUUGUGCGCCCUCGUUGGCCGGAGGUCUAAGCUAAAUAUGAUAAUAUUUUCUUUGUGUAUAUAUAUUUCUUGUUGGCUCUGGGUGAUGUAUGUUCUGUCUGUGGAAGGGCUAAAACACCCAUCUGCAGAUGGACGUUAUAGAACGUGUCGUUAUUAUUUAUGAAUGGAUUGAAUAAAAUAGCCUAA